AUGGAAUUGUCGGAAGCGAUCGAGCGUUCCCGUGUGGAUAACGUCUUUCUCCGGAAAGGCCCACGGCGGCCGCAGCCGGGCGCGCUGGCGCUCAUCGGACACCAUCUUAUUUUUUCGCCGUCGUCGAGCUCACCGAAUUCGGAGAAGGGAAGUGAGCACCAGGACGAGCUCUGGGUGCGCAGUUCAUUGCUUCACCGUGCGGUAGAUCGGGUAGCAGUGGAGCCGGUGGUAAAAGAGAAUCCAGAUCGCGGCGGCAGAUUGAUCCUGAAGUGUAAAAAUUUCAUGGUUUGCGUGUUUGAAAUGGAGCAGCUGGAUGACUGUGUUGCGGUGGCCCGAUCCAUCGACAAAUUGUCCAAUCGAAGUGGCAUCCAGCACGAUUAUCCCUUUUAUUGCCGAUGUCCGUUCACGGUUCUGGAUAAUGGGUGGACCGCUUUUGAUACUGAGCAAGAAUUUGCCAAGCUUGCAAUACGCUGCAAGGACGGUUGGCGUAUAAGUGCCGUUAACAAGGCUUUUCGAGUAUAG